AUGGUAGCUUUCCUAAAAUCAAUUGAUAGCAGGACUUGGAAAGCUAUACUAACAGGAUGGGAUCACCCCAAGAUAAAAGAUGCUAUUGGAGUUGAUACAGAGGAAUUAAAACUAGAAGAAACCUGGACUACUGCAGAAGAUACAACAACUCUUGGAAAUUCUAAAGCCUUGAAUGCCCUGUUCAAUGGAGUUGAUCAACACAUGUUCAAACUAAUCAAGAAGUGUACUGUUGCAAAGGAAGCUUGGAAUAUUUUGAAAACCACUUAUGAAGGAACUGCCAAAGUAAAAAUCUCUAAACUGCAGAUGCUAACCAGAAAAUUUGAGAAUCUCUCAAUGAAAGAAGAUGAGAGUAUUCAUGACUUCUAUAUGACAGUAAUGGAAUAUGCCAAUGAAUUUGACAUGCUAGGAGAAAAGCUAGAUGAUGAAAAACUAGUAAGGAAGAUUCUUAGAUCACUCACUAAGAAAUUUGAUAUGAAAGUUACUGCUAUAGAAGAAGUUCAAGACAUCUCCAGUAUGAAGGUAGAUGAACUGCUAGGUUCACUACAGACUUAUGAAGCAUCAAUCAAUGAAAGGUUGGAAAAGAAGAAUAAAAGCAUUGCUUUUAUGUCUAAUGCUGAUGAAGAAGAAACUGAUAUUGAUAUAGAUUCCACUGAUAGCAUAUCUGAAGCUAUUAUUCUACUUGGAAGACAGUUUAAUAAAGGUCCAAAGAAGAUGGACAGGAGGCCAAAAUCAAAUGGUAAAAGCUUUACUCAAGAUACCAGAAAGGGUUCAGGAAUUCCUAGAAGGCCAAAACUGAUGACAAGCCUAGUCAAAGCAAAGGGAUUCAAUGCCAUGAAUGUGAAGGUUAUGGACAAUGAAGGAGGAGUUGAAUCAGCAAAGCAGAUUACAGCUCUAACUGGCAUAUGUGCAUAUGAGACAGAUUCUUGUGAAGAAGAGCUGACCUAUGAUGAAUUAGCUGACUCCUACAGAGAGCUGUGUUUGAAAAGUGAAGAGGUGUGCAGAACUCUUGAGAAACAAAAGGAGACCAUCUCCAAACUUCAGACAGAGAGGUGUGAUAACAUAUCAAAGAUGAAUGCACUACAUGAGAAGGUAAAUUAUCUUACUUCUGAUUUUGAAGAAGCUAAAAGUGUGAUAGACAAACUGAACACAGAUAAUUGGAGAUUAAGAAAGUUUUCUGAUAUGCUAUACAAAGAUGAUAAUCACAUAGAAGGUCUGCACAAAGCAGAUGACAAAUUAGAAGAGAUUCUGGAGAAAAAUGUGUUAAAACCUAGACACAUUGGUCUUAGUUAUGAGAAGGUCAACAAACUUAAAGGAUAUGAUCCUAAUCUCAUGUAUACCCAGCCAAAAGGUACACAGACUGCAAAAAUGUUUAAACAAAAUCUCUCCUACCCCAAGCAGCAUCAGGGAAACAUAUCUAGAAGAAAAACUCAUCAUUGGGUAUGUCACUAUUGUGGUAGAAGAGGUCACAUUAGACCAUUCUGUUAUAAGCUGUAUGGAUAUCCUGAAAGAAUGUCUCAACCAAGACCUAUACCUAUUCAAAAGAAAGAGUGGAAGCCCAAGAGUGAAGAUGCUGAGGCAAUACCAAAGAAAAAUGAAGUCUGUCUAAUAGCUCAUACCUCACUUAGAGUUUCAUCAAGAGAAUAUUGGUAUUUUGAUAGUGGGUGUUCUAGGCACAUUACUGGUGCUGACAAAAUGCUGGCAAAUCUAAGAUCUUACUCAACCAGCUAUGUAACAUUUGGUGGUGGAGCAAAAGGGGAAAUUGUUGGUAUAGGAAAGUUAAUCAAUAAAGACUUGCCUAAACUAGACAAUGUUUUGCUUGUGAAAGGGUUGACAGCUAAUCUCAUCAGUAUUAGCCAGCUAUGUGAUCAAGGAAUGAAGGUCAACUUCACUCAAUUUGAGUGCUUAGUCACUGAUGAUAGAGGUGAUCUAGUAAUGAGAGGUUCAAGGUCAAAGGACAACUGUUACCUUUGGGUGCCACAAGAAGAAACCAAUUUAUCCACUUGUCUCAUUACUAAAGAAGAUGAAGUGAAGUUAUGGCACAAAAAAUUGGGACAUCUGAACCUAAGAAGCAUGAAAAAGGCCAUAUCAGAAGAAGCUAUCAGAGGGAUACCAAAGCUCAAUAUUGAAGAAGGCAACAUCUGUGGUGACUGUCAGAUUGGUAAACAGACUAGAGUGCCACACCAGAAGCUGCAGCAUCUAACUACAACCAGAGUCCUUGAACUUCUACACAUGGAUCUCAUGGGUCCAAUACAGGUUGAAAGUCUAGGAGGAAAGAGGUACGCUUAUGUUGUGGUUGAUGAUUUCUCAAGAUACACAUGGAUAAACUUCAGUAGAGAAAAAUCUGAAACUUUUGACGUGUUCAAAGAUCUAUGUGCUCAACUACAAAGAGAAAAAGACAAUGUUGUUCUGAGGAUAAGGAGUGACCAUGGAAAGGAAUUUGAAAACUCAAAGUUCUCAGAUUUUUGUGCAUCUGAAGGAAUUGUUCAUGAAUUUUCUUCCCCCAUAACACCUCAACAAAAUGGUGUUGCUGAGAGGAAAAAUAGAACUUUAAAAGAAUCAGCCAGGGUGAUGUUACAUGCUAAGAAACUUCCUUAUAUGUUUUGGGCAGAGGCCAUGAGUACUGCUUGUUACAUCCAUAACAGAGUGACACUAAGGGCGAAUACAACUACUACUCUGUAUGAAUUAUGGAAAGGGAAGAAACCUACUGUCAAGCACUUCCAUGUGUUUGGAAGCAAAUGCUACAUCUUGACAGAUAGAGAGCCAAGAAAAAAGUUGGAUCCUAAGAGCGAGGAAGGAAUCUUCUUAGGUUAUGCAACAAAUAGCAAAGCCUAUAGAGUGUAUAACUCCAUAACUAAAACUAUGAUGAAAUCUAUUAAUGUGGUUGUGGAUGAUUCAACAGAAGACAAGACGACAGAUGUGGGAGAUGAUGCUAUAGCAUCUGACCUACCAAGUGUUGAGACUGUGGAAGUAAAAGAAUCAGAAUCAGAAUCAGAUAUUGAAGCUUCUAUUCUAGAACCAACUAAAACACCAAAGAGAGGUCCUUCAAUCAGAAUUUAG